UGUUUUCCAAGCCAAAGCAUUGUGAUUUUCCCUUGUAAUACCGGCGUGUUUAAAUUUUACUUUAUUAAACAAUUCAGUUCGAUAAUUUCAAUGGAGACUUUGUUGGAGCAGCAGAGAAGGUACCAUGAAGAAAAAGAACGGAUUGUUGAUUCCAUGGUGAAGGAAACCAUCUUCAAAAAGACCACUCAGAGGGAGAUAAUCAACUCGGAACACCGGCAGAAAAUCUUGCUUGAUAGGUAUAUGGAGAGCACAAGAUUGUUGAAGGAAAUCUACGAAGACAAGGACGGCCAGCGAAAAGAAGAAGUUGCCCUUCUCUCCGGACCCAACGAGUUUGUGGAAUUCUACAACAGACUCAAACAGAUCAAAGAGUUUUACAAAAAGCAUCCCAAUGAAAUUGCUGUUCCAAUGUCCAUGGAAUUUGAUGAAUUUGCAAAGCAGAGAGAGAGCGGAGCUGACGAAACAAACAAUUUGGUUGAUUUCACUGAUGAAGAGGGCUACGGAAAAUACCUAGAUCUCCAUGAAAGCUACACCAGAUACAUCAAUUUGAAAGGAAUUCAAAAAGUGGAUUACAUCAAUUACCUGAACAUAUUCGACCGCCUGUUUGAUAUUCCUCGAGAUAAAAAGAAUGGCGAAUACCGAAACUAUCUUCAAGGCUUAGUAGAUUAUCUGGUUGAUUACGUUGCACGCGUGAAACCAGUCAUGGACCUUGACAAUCUUUUCCGCGAAAUCGAACAAGAUUUCGAAAAAGACUAUACAGCGGGGACGUUCCCCGGAUGGCCGAAAGAGACUACGGGAAGUGCUUUGGCAAAUACAGGUGCUCCGCUUGAUGUAUCAGCAUUUUCAUCUUGGGAGGAACUGGCCUCGUUAGGUCUCGAUCGCUUGAAAUCGGCCCUGAUGGCUCUGGGUCUCAAGUGUGGCGGCACACUCGAAGACCGAGCCAAGCGACUUUUCAGUACAAAAGGCCUCCAGGUCGAUGAAAUUGAUAAAUCCCUCUUUGCAAAAGGCCAGGGUAAAAAUCGAGGAACAACCGAGCAGGACAAAGAAGUCGAAAAACACAAGAAAAUAGCACUUUUAGAAGCCCAAGUUUACAAACUCGUUGAAAUCUUGUCCGAACCACGACAUGCCACCAAAGAGAAUGUUGAACGAAAACAGGCCCGGACAGACGGUGAACGAGAAGAAGAGGAGGAGGACGUUAUCGAGGUUCCAGAGGAUGAAGAUGACGAUGACGACGUCCCGUACAAUCCAAAGAAUUUGCCGCUCGGUUGGGAUGGAAAGCCAAUUCCGUAUUGGUUGUACAAAUUGCACGGCUUAAAUAUUAGCUACAACUGCGAGAUUUGCGGCAACUACACAUACAAAGGUCCAAAGGCGUUCCAGCGUCACUUUGCUGAAUGGCGUCACGCCCACGGCAUGCGAUGCUUGGGUAUUCCCAACACAGCUCACUUUGCCAAUGUAACAAGGAUCGAAGAUGCCAUUUCACUGUGGACGAAAUUGAGGAGUCAAAAGACGUCGGAACGUUUCGUCGCCGAUCACGAAGAGGAAUACGAAGACUCUAUGGGCAACGUCAUCCCCAAGAAAACAUACGAAGAUUUGCGCCGACAGGGUCUCUUGUAAAAUGAAAAUCGAAUGGAACAUGAUUCUAAAACAACUCUGGCGCAUUUUUACCUUCUCACCAGUUCCAAUUUCAAUACAGGUGUUCACAUUUU